CUGUAUCCUCCCAAUUCUAUACAUCUCCAUAAUCCCUCUAUAGUCUCACAAUCAAGCUGUAAGAUUUUGUGCUCCAUCUUCCCAGUCCUUCCACCAACUGUUUGAAGUCCUGAAAUUUUGUUGUAGCGAUAAAAGGAAAACGAAGCUGGUACUUUCUUCAUUUACAGUUUAUUGGAGAGUCUUGGGACAUUUAUAGGAUAAAAUUAUGCUUUCGGGAUUAAAAUUCAUCCCUCGAGACAAGAUAGAAGUAAAGGGAUUGGACGAGGAUACGGAUGGUUGUAGGAAAGAGAGAAAGAAGUCUAGAACUAGGAAAGAGAUAGAUAGGCGUAAAAAGAAGAAGGGUUCCCAUUAUAGUAGUAGUUCAGACGAUGAAGAUUUUGGAAGGAUAAAGUCAGGGUUUGAAAAGAAAAAGAAAUGGUACGCCUCAGAUGACGGCUUGUCUUCUUACUCAGACAGGAGUGGCAGUGAAAGUGAGUCUGAUCACAAUGAAAAGAAAGGUAGGAGUGGGAAAAGGAAAGAGAAGAGAAGACGGAAGGAUAGAUUAGAAGAUGAAGGAGUAGGCAGUACAAUAAAGAAGAAGAAAAGUCGGAGAAAAGAUUCUGAUGAUGAUGAUGAUUACUCUUCGAAUGAUUAUGGAAAUGAAGAUUCUGAUAAUGAGAGCCACCGUAAGAAAGGAAAGAGAAGAUGGAAAAAGGAUAAAAGAGGAGAGCUUGAGGAUGAUGAUGAUGGUGGAGGAUCUGAAUCCCAGAAUUUGAGAGACAUUUCAAGGAAAGAAAUGGGUUUAGACUGGAUGCUGCGACCGAAGGAUACCAUGGAAAAGACUCCAGGUACAGCUUUGGACAAUCAACAGGAGGUUCAGGUUGAAGCUGAAGAGAUUAAGAAGGAGAAUCCCAGGGAGCUGAAUCCAUACUUGAAGGAUAAUGGUAGUGGGUAUCCAGAAGAUUCAGAUGCUAAUGCUCGUCGGAACCAACUUUUUUCCUCUUCACUUGUGGGUGAUGGAGGUGCAAGCUGGAGGUUGAAAGCAUUGAAACGAGCACAGGAGCAAGCAGCCCGUGAAGGACGGAAGCUUCAGGAGGUAGUUGAAGAUCGGUGGGGCUCUCUUGGAGAGCUGGCAGUUUCUGCGGCAUCUCAUAGAGUAGCACCAAAUCAUGCUCAUCUUCAUGCGAUAAAAAGUAGGAGGAGAGGGCUAAAGGAUGAAGGACAGACAGACACAGAUGGAGACAAGGGAAUAUUUACUGAGAAAGAUGGAUCUUCCCGACAUACAAAAAUGAGAGUACCGAAAGUUCAGGAUUCUUUAUCCUGGGGAAAGCGUAAGAUGCCUGCUCAGGAUAUCAACCUCUCUGCUGCAGUGAAUAGCUUAAAUAAGUUUUCCAAUGAUGGAAGCUUUAUGUGUGACUUUAUGCAAAAGAACAAUGAUAGUUUAAAUGAUCCUGUCAGUUCAUCAAAUACAAAAAAUGACAGACUAGUGGAAUCCAAUUUGGUUGAAAGACAUGGUGAAGAUGGUCCAACUGUGAAGCCAGCAUUGACGGCAAAUCAGUUGGCUGCUAAAGUCAUGCAGCUUCGCAUGAAAGGGAAGCACGAAGAGGCUCAAAAGCUCUUGGAGGAGGCAGAAAGCACAAAGGUGAAGCCAGAUGCUGAGGAGGAGUCUCACAGACCACGGAUUGAUGGGAGCACAAGCAGAUAUAUCAUGCAUGACGUAUCUGCUCGACAAAAGAUGAAAGAGGAGGAUGCUGACUUGCAUCUGGCUCAAAAGAUAAUGCGAAACCAACAGUAUAAGGUAUCUGGUCAGGCAGAUGAUGAGUAUGAUUAUGAAGAUGGUCCAAGGAAAAAGACUCGGCAUAAAGGAAGGGGUACAGACCAAAAAUCAAAUGAGAUAAGUCAGGCAACUAGGAUUGCAAAUCGCCUCUUGACACAGAAAGAGAGGUGUCAAUUUUGUUUCGAGAAUCCAGCAAGACCAAAGCAUCUUGUUGUUGCCAUUGCAAAUUUCACGUACCUAUCAUUACCCCACCGGCAGCCUGUUGUACCUGGUCAUUGCUGCAUUGUAACUAUGCAGCAUGAGUCUUCAACAAGAACUGUGGACAACAAUGUAUGGGACGAAAUCCGGAAUUUCAAGAAGUGCCUGAUAAUGAUGUUUGCUAAGCAGGAUAAGGAGGUUGUAUUCCUUGAAACAGUGAUGGGCUUGGCACAGCAACGCCGUCAUUGUUUGCUGGAGUGCAUUCCUCUGCCCCAAGAAGUUGCAAAACAGGCACCUUUGUAUUUCAAGAAGGCAAUUGAUGAGGCAGAGGAGGAGUGGAGUCAACAUAAUGCUAAGAAGCUGAUUGAUACCAGUCAGAAGGGCCUCCGUGCUUCAAUUCCAAAGAACUUCCCGUACUUUCAUGUUGAAUUUGGCCUGGACAAGGGAUUCGUUCACGUGAUUGAUGAUGAAAAGCAGUUUAAGAGCAACUUUGGCUUUAAUGUAAUAAGAGGUAUGCUGCGCUUGCCUGCUGAAGACAUGCAUCGUCGACAGAAGCACGAAUCGUUGGAGAUGCAAAAACAAGCUGUAGCUGGUUUUGCUCGAGAUUGGGAACCAUUUGACUGGACGAAACAAUUUGAUUAGCAAUAUUGAGCACAAAUGUUCUACAGGAUGCUGGCUAGAUAUACUGUAAUGGCUUUGUUUUGUAUUAUAGAGCUUUCAGGAGAACUGGUGAAAGUUGGCAUCCCUGCAUUCCAGGUGCAACUAUUGACUAUUGUAAACCUGAACGUCAAGAAGCAAAUGCUUUGAGAUAUAUUGGUCGGGGCAUGUUGGGAUGUUCAAUCUUCUUUUGAGUGCUUGGGUUGUUUUGUAAAUGCAAGGUCAUUUUGGUUAA